GCGUGUCUUGUGUAUGCGUGCGUGCGCGAGUGAAGGGGCGGGCGCUCGAAUGCUAGCAAGAUGGCGACACUGAAGGAGGAGCAGAGCUACGGGCUGUCCUGCGGAAGGCUUAGCAAUGGCAAUAACGUGUCUGUCUUUCACGUUAAGCUCACCGACAGCGCCUUCAGGGCCUUUGAGAGCUACCAGAGCAACAAGGGUGUUCUGUCAACUUGCCCUUCAAUUCGAUUUAAUGGCAUCCAGGGGCAAAUUGCAAUUCCAAGGCCAGAAUGUCCAAAUGAAUUGCGAAGAUUCACAUUCUAUUUAUCCAAUGUUGGCAAGGACAACCCCCAAGGGAGCUUCAACUGCAUCCAGCAGUAUGUCUCAAGGUGCAAUGGAGGAGUUCAGCUGGACUGCCUGGGAGACAUACAGGAUAAAAUCACUGUGUGCGCCACAGAUGAUUCAUACCAGAAAGCAAGGCAAAGCAUGGCCCAAGCAGAGGAAGAGACACGGAGCCGUGGAGCGAUAGUAAUCAAGCCUGGAGGCAGAUAUGUUGGUAAAAAGGUGCAAAUCCGUAAACCAGCUCCAGGCAACACAGAUAUUGCUCCUGCUCGACGACAGCCAAGGCCAGUCAAUAUGGCCAGUGCCAUGAAGAAAGGAAGUAAUGCCUCCCUGCAGAGACCUUUUAAGGACAGAGUAAUCCACUUGCUUGCCCUGAAGCCCUAUAGGAAGCCUGAGCUUAUUUUGCGGUUACAGAAAGAUGGACUGCAGCAGCAAGACAAAGACACUUUAGAUAGCCUACUACAACAGGUGGCAAACAUCAACAGCAGAGAUGGCACCUACACAUUGAAGGACUGUAUUUAUAAAGACAUACAGAAAGACUGGCCAGGCUAUUCCGAAGGGGACCAGCAGCUAUUAAAAAGGAUACUUGUUCGGAAAUUGUGUCAGUCUCAAAAUCCUCUUGGUAAUGUUGGGGAAACCCCAUCAAGCCCACCUAAGGAUAACUUGAACUCAUCUUCCCCUUCACAGAAACGCCCCAUCAGUGACUUCAUUGAUCCUUUACUCAAUAAGAAGCCCAGAAUUUCUCACCUAGCCAAUAAAUCUCAGAACAUUUUUAAUGGCAAGUUAAGUUCUAAUGAGAAGGAGGUUACCCAGCCUCCACUGAAUGUCCACUCUGUCGUAGCAGAUUCAGGGAGUUCUGGAUCUCAUUUACCUACACUUGAAAUCCCCCGCCCUUAUGACCCACUAUCUGAUGUCAGCAAUGAUUCGAACCCCAAUGGCAAAGACUGUGAAAGCCAGGAAUUGGCAGUAGCUGAGCGACUCUGUCACCCUCCUCCUAUUUCUGCCCCGACACAAACCCUGACUGCCAUAGGGGUCUCAUCACAGCCAAAUAAAUCGGACUUUUCUAGCUGUUCUUCUUUGCAUGGAAAGUCAAAGAAAAAAUCAAAAAAGCACAAAGAUAAAGAGAAAUCCAAGGAGAAAAAGAUUGAGAACAAAUUUGUAGAGGAAAAGCCAGACUGUGGAACUGUUCCUUGCUCAGAAACUCGGACGGCCAGUAUUCCACAGAGCAGCACAGACCAGAAUGGAAUGUGCAACAGUUCCAGUGUUCCCACGUCAACAUCAGAGAUGCCAGACUAUUUAUUAAAGUACAUGGUCAUCUCCUCCCAAGAACAGCGUCAGAGUUAUAAAAAUGACUUCAACGCUGAGUAUAAUGAAUACAGAGAUCUGCAUGCUCGUAUUGAAAGGAUAACAAGACAAUUCACGGUCUUGGAUGCUGAGCUGAGACAGCUGCAGCAAGGGACUGAGCAGUACAAGACAGUCCACAAUCAAAUAUUACAAGAAUAUCGUCAAAUUAAAAAGACAAAUCCAAAUUAUAGCCAGGAGAAGAAUCGCUGUGAAUAUCUACACAAUAAACUGGCACACAUAAAGAGACUCAUAGCAGAAUAUGACCACCAGCAACUUCAGAAUUGGCAUUAGCAUGCAGGAUUCACUGGAAGAGAGUGGGAUGAGCACCCCUUUACACAGACGCCACGGAGACAUAGACUUCAGUAUGGGGCCAGCACUGCUGUGCGUGUGUGUUGUCUGCUUUUUCCCCCUCCCCACUUUCUCUCCCCAUUAAGGGGUGUGAGAUUAAAGUGCAAGUGACAUUAAAGAAUAAAUAGUUUUUCAAUGGGGAA